GUUUUAAAAAUUGAAGUACCUUCGCUUUUGUAGUCGCGUUUUUAGCAAUAUCAUGGCUAAAAUGCUGUUGUAAUUCGUUAAUUCUGAAGACGUGCCUGGAUAAUCGUCAAGAACACAUAGUGUGAAAAGACAAUUAGAUAUUUUGUACAAUUAUAUGAUUACUUGCUUUCAUUUGACAAAUUGCGCUAGACCGCAUAUUUAAAAUGGCAGCCCUACCACGUAGAAUAAUCAAAGAGACACAGCGAUUGAUGCAAGAGCCGGUGCCGGGAAUCAGCGCGGUGCCAAGCGAAACGAAUGCACGUUAUUUCCACGUUAUCGUCACUGGUCCAGAAGACUCGCCGUUCGAAGGAGGACUAUUUAAAUUAGAGUUAUUUCUGCCAGAGGAUUAUCCUAUGUCAGCGCCUAAGGUUAGGUUUAUAACGAAAAUAUACCAUCCGAACAUAGAUCGGCUGGGUCGUAUAUGCUUGGACAUAUUGAAGGACAAGUGGAGUCCUGCACUGCAGAUUCGCACGGUGCUGCUCUCGAUCCAGGCGCUACUGUCAGCACCGAACCCUGAUGAUCCGCUGGCCAACGACGUGGCUGAGCUGUGGAAGGUGAACGAAAGCGAAGCUAUCCGGAACGCGAAGGAGUGGACGCGGAGAUACGCCAUGGACAACUGAAUAGUGCCGCCCAGCACUCACUCACCAGUGCCUCCCCGACGCGCGCCACACGAGGACGGAACUAACAUAUAUCAUGAUUUAAGAGUGCAAGUUAUGUUACACACCCUAGACCGAGUAACUUGUGAAGAGACAAUUGUGGAUAAAUUUUAUUAUAGGUGAGCGGCACUGCGGCGCUGCGGGCGCUCAUCGCUCAGGUUAUCCUCCUGCAUUUCGUAGCCUCGCCCCUAUUUGUCUCGGAGCGGUCCGACAGUCCCACAGGUCAUUGUUUACCCGUUCACAUGUAGCUUCGUUACAAUAUUAGGUAUGCAUAUUUUUUUACUAUCAUUAUAAUAGCUAAUAAAAGAAUACCUGGAGACUUAAAUGUAUAUAUUUCAUGGUUACAAAUUUGGUUAAUUUUAUACAAUGGAUAGUGUUUACUGUCACAAAGUUGAAUAUCUUUGUAAGAGUGUUAUGGAACACCAACUCUUGAGUGCAAAAUGUUAUGCUUAAUAAAAUGAUUAUAUCAG